AUGCAGUUAAAAUUUUAAUAUGAAUAAAAAUUCCAUGUAGUCGAAACUCAAUUCAAAGAAACUUCCAGUUAAAAGCAAAAAGAAAAUGAAUAAAAAGUUAAAACUGCAAAAGAUUAAGCAGAUAAAUAAGCUAAAAAUGUAGAUGCAGUCAAAUAAAAAGCUAAAACAUAAGUAGAUAAUGCUAAAAAAUUAAAAGAAUAAGCACAAGCAGCUAAAUAAUAAGCUUAAUAAGCAAAAACUGAAAUAACAAAUAAGCUAAAAUCCUUAAGAGAUAGAAAAGAUAAAUCAGCUGAAAGAAUUAAAAAAUCUGCAAAUGAAUUAGCAAAAGCAACUCAAGAAAAAAAAUUAGCAGACGAAGAAGCUGCAAAUUUAGCAGCUGAAUAAGCUACAGCCGAUGCUUAAUAAAAAAAAACUAAUGAAUAAGAUAUUGCUGCCGCAAAUAUUGAAAAAUAAGCUAUCGAUGCAGCUAAAAUAAAUGAUACAAUUUAAAAAGAAGCUUUAGACGCUCAAACUGCAGCUAAAAUAGCUGCUGAUGCUGCUACUGCCGCAGCUUAAUAGGCAUAAAAUGCUGUUUAAGAUUUAGCAAAUUAAAUAAAAUCUACAAAUGAUUAAUUAACUUAAGUUUAAUAAGAUUCUACUUAGACAACUGCAAAUUUAGAUUAAAUUGACAAAUAAAUUUAAUCUUUAUCAACUGAUAUUAUUAAUGUUUGA